CUGAUUGUAUCCAACUUAAUGCAGGUAUGGUCGCUGAGCGGGAUCUAGUCAACUUGAUGACUGAUCCAAGGCUGUCAUCUGACCGGACAAUCUACGGAAAUGUCGUCUUCUUCAGGGACGUGGUGUUCCAGCAAGAGGCAUUCAUCAAUGGCACUGUGAAUGGGAUCGAUCUGAAGACAGUGACUCAGGACCAACAAACUUGUUACAAUACUGUCCAGUACCAGACAAAGGAACUGCAAGAUAAGGUGCUACAACAAUGUCAAGACAUCAGCUCGCUACAGUACAAAGCAAAAGAUGCCAUGGAAGCCAUUCACCACUUUGUGUUGGCCCAGUCAUUCCCUCUCACUGCUGCCAGAAGCUUCCACUCCUUUCACAUGGAGGGUGAGACAUGGCUGGCUGCAGCUAACCUCAGGGAUGACAGUAGCUUCUGUACCUCCUCCCCACUCUACACAUGGGAUGUGGGAACUAGUCAGUUCAUUCCAGCAGACAUUAAGAUUACAAAUGGAGCCAGAGCUUGGCACUAUUUCAACAUCACUGAGGGACACCACACUCGUCAUUUCCUGGUGAUUGCCAAUCAAGCUCUACAAAGUUGCCCUGAGAGCCUCCCAGCAGAUGUAUCCCAGCUCUUUGAAUACAAUGCGGAGAUCAAAUCCUUCACCCUCUACCAGAGCCUGCCUACACAUGGGGCCAAGGACUUCGUGUCCUUCAGGCUGGGGACCGAUACCUACCUGGCAGUGGCUAAUAGUGAGGAUGUCGAGGGUGAGGGGACGUCAACCAUCUUCAGGUUCAACCAAGAGGAUCGACAGUUUCAACCACACUGGAACAUUCCAACUGCAGAGGCAGUAUCUGUGGAUGCGUUUGAGUACAAUGGUACACAGUUCCUGGUGUAUGCCAACAGUAAGCUGUUUUGUGAGUUGCAGACACAAGUCUUUGUGUCCAAUGAUGAAGAGAGCCAGUUCCAGGCCUUACAGAUCAUUCCCUCCAGCAGUGCAUCUGAUGUGACCCAUUUUUUUCUGGGCGGCCUGCCCCAUCUGGUGGUGGCUGACAUGUAUGAAGUAGGGCUGGCUGGCAUCAACAACUACAAAAUGCACAUCAAGGUGUAUAGAUGGUCUCAAUAUAGGUUGGAGUUUGUGUGGACUCAGACUAUGCACUUUGAGGCAGCCUCAGAUGUGGCCGUCUUUCAGAGGAAGAAUGACGUCUACUUGGCUGCUGUCAGCCUCAACACUGCAGUCACCGUGUACAGGCACCAAGGUGUGAGUGGUUUCCUCCCAGUAGUGACCAUUCCAGCCCACGGUGCACGUGGUGUCCAGCCACUGUCCAUCGGCAGCCAGCUGUUUCUUGCCGUUGCUCAGGACCCACUGGACACCAGAGCUAAAGGGCAGGAUUCCACACUCUUUAAGGCAGUCAUGACUGGAGCCACGGUGGAGUCUGUUGGCAGCAUGCAGUGUGACACCAGCUGGGUGAAUGGCAUUGUGGGACAGCUACCAGAUCAGGACUGAUGAGAUUAGCUUCAGUCUCAAAGUCUCUUUAGUAGAAUAAAAUGAUAGUCUUUCCUAUGAUCUAAUAUUAUAUAUUGUAAAUUAUUGUUAUCAUAUACAUGUAUUCUAUUAUCCUGCUGCCAAACCACACAGAAAGUUACAGUAUCCAAUUGCCUUACUUUGUCCAAAGUGGUGGUCAACUCAAAUAAAUUACUUCAUCACGAAGAAAAAAAUAUUGAACUAACAUUAUAUAUUUGUAAGAAACAGCUACCUUAGCAGGGAUAACAUACCAAGUGUGAAUAAAUCAUUGCAGAUAUAAAUUAUCAUUAUAAAUGUAUAUCUGUUGUAUGUCAUAUGAGAAUGAAAUAAAAGAAAACAUGAGAGCUCACAACGUCUCCCUCUCUGUUAUGUUAUACUAAGGUAGUCUGAGAUAAAUGGAAUUUUGGGUGAUUACUCUGUGUUCGUCCUGCCAGGAGGGUUUCCCAUAGUAUUGUUCUAUGAUAAACUUUUCUACAAAAUGUUAAUGAUACAACUAUUGUUAAGUGGAAUCCCGAUCGACCAAGGACGCCACCAGGUCACGUAGCCAGAUGCGACCUGACAAUUUUUUUGCCCCUAGGAAAGCCUUAUAAUGCUCCACUUUCACUCUCUAAAACUCUGCUGCAUGGAAGAGGAAAGCCCAACUUCAACUCCAUUGCCUCUGCACGGUCACUACACUCCAGAACAGAAUUCCCCCUACAAAUCUGCAAUUGUUUUCUGGAAAAAAUCCUUUAUCAUUGAUACUUCAGUGACAAGUUGAUAGUGUUUGACCUCAUGCCUUUCUGCGGAACUGCAGUAUAUUUCAAUGAGAUUUUCACAACUGCUGAAGGAGUUAUGAAUUCAUAUUUCCUGUCUCUUGGUACCUUAAUCAGAUUUGAAUAAAAAAUCAAUGAACAAUUAUUGCAACCAAAUAUAUUUGAAAGUUUCUUACAAAGAUCAAAUCCUAUACCGUGAACCUGGUCCCAUAUACAUGUUCAUGUCGCAUAGCUUGAUUACCAGACUUGUUAGCUUUAGUCUCUUCAUACAACAUUGCUUCAGGGUGGAAAAGUGGAAAAACCAGUUCCCGCAUGGGUACAGUACAUAUGAAAGCCCAUACAUGUAGCUAUAAAUUACAAUACCAUGUGAAGCCUACAUUCAAUCUGAGGGAGCUAACAAUGCUGGCAACAACUACAGGCUUAUGUUUCAUAAAGUGUGUUUUCAGUUCAUAUGUUAUUCCAACAACACAUACAUGGAUUGUUACACAGUAUUAGUUUCAACCAGCCAGUAGUUACAUUUUGUAUAUAUAUCCUCUUACCAUUAUCAAUAUGUAAGCAGUAAAGUGCUGUAAGAUAAUUCAAGCAGUAACCAUUACCUUACAUUACUGUAUAACUGUAUCUAUUCAUAAGUACACAUACAGGGAAACAGCUUGAGCCUUUAGUGUGCGAAAUUUAACCAUUUAAAGCUAUAUCAUUGUCAAUUUGCCACUGUUACAAUCUGAUCUUGUGGUCCAAACUUGUCAUCAAAAGACUAGAAAACAACCAGC